AUGAAUAUUGCUAACAUAAAAAGAGAAAUAGUUUAUGACUUGCUUAAAGCUUGGGUUGAUGCUGAUAUUUCAUUAGAAAAAUUUAAUAAGUUUUAUAGGUUUUUAGUUAAAUAUUGUUAUGAAGGUAGUAUUAUUCUAGAUUCAAGUGCAUUGAGAAAACAGUAUUUGACAAAUGUAUUUCAUAAGCAUAUAAAAAAACUUCAAGAUGAAUUU